GAAGAACAUUUCUCCCAGCCUUACAGUUUACCUGUCUUACAUGAUAAAGCAUGUAUGGAUCCUGUGUCUUGUGCUAAAUGUCAGGAAGAAUGUGAAGCCAUGGAGAAGGAGGAAAUUGAACUUGAACAGAAUGAAAUAGAACUGUGUUUUUUUGUCAAAGACUUCUAUAGUUGUGAAGAAAUAGUGUUUUCUCAGGAGCAGGAGGAAAGACUGAACUUUCUUCUUGAUAAACUCUGUAGCAGAGGUCCUCACCAGCUGUUCCUGCAGCUGGAGUCCCAUCUCCAGGAUGUCGUGUUGGGGAUCAAAACAAACUUGUUGGUCAGGUUAAAGGAGCGUGACAUUGCUGCAUCAGAGUUGGCCUAUAAUUUUACCAGCUCGCUGUUGUCACAUUAUGAUCUGUUUACCAAGAAAGCUUGCCUUUUUGCUCAGUAUCUGGGAGAGUUGAAUGACCAUUUGUUGGAACUGAAACUGACCUGGGAAUUAUUGAACAAACAUGUCUUUCACUCAGUGGUCUACAGUGAUCCAGUUAUUGGCAGUUGUAGGCCUUCUAUGUUGGCACAACUCAGGCAGUGCUCAGAGCAGUAUGAGAAAUCUGCUGAUAAUCCCUACUCCUUGGUUUUCCAUCGGUUGCUCAAGCUUCAAGAAGAAAUGUCUGUAGUCAUUAUCUUAUGGAGGGAAUGCCAGCAGCUUGUAGAAACCUACAGUCAAAAAGAUUUUAUGCGGAGGCAGUUGUUGAAAGAAUACCCCUUAAAGGGUCCGUCUGUGAAUGAACUGUCAGAACAUGCAAGAAUUCUUUGUCACAGCAGGCUUCUGCAGACAGAGGAGUUUGGUGAUGUAUUUUUUGGAUGUGAUGCCAGACAGGAUCAGACGUCUUCCAUUAAUGAGGAUGCUGAUGACAGUCCUGGGGAUUACUACGAAGAUGCAGAUGAUGAUGAUAACAUUGAAUAUAGAGACAUAAGACUUGGGGAUGGUCAGUCUCUUGAGUUUCAAGUUAAAACAGACCCAGAGAUGCCUGAACAGACGGAUGGUAAACUGUCCAAGACUGAGCAGCUAUCUGCAGAUGUUGGUGGUGGCUGCACUGAAGCUGUUGCAGAUGUGAGCGGCACAGCGGCUGGUGAUGGUGCUGUCAACCCUGGGGUAUGCACCACCUGCCAGUGCCAUGCUUGUUUGAAGCAAAGUGGACAUUUCAUUUCUGCCUCAUUGCCACUGCAGAUACCUGUGUCCUCUCCACCUAGAGAACUGCAUUUGUACCCUCACAUCCAUGGGCUUCCACAGCAGCAGCAACAGCAUUAUCUGCUGGACUUACCUCCGCCUUUACUACCCCCUAUCAAACUUCCUGUGAAGUUAGAUUUUGAUUCUCAUCAUGGAUUACAAGGCCACCUCUCAUAUAUUUACAGUGACUGGGAGAAUACUGUACCAGACCCUGUUUCUACCCACCAUAACCAUCAGCAUCAUCAUCUUUCAGACAUCAGUGCUGACCACUUUCAUCCACCACAUAUAGUCACCACUGCCUCUCCAUUUAAUUUUGAUCUUGCCUUCCACCUGGCAAAUCACAACAUGCACACUUCAUCCACAAACACUACGAGUGUGUUCAAGACAGUGGCCAGCAAGCCCAUCCUGGCGUCUUCUAUUCUGUCUACUCUCCAUGGUAUAGGUCAUGUGCCAACUGAAGGAAGUUCAGUCGAUCCCUCACACCUGAUAGAUUAUCCACCACAUUCAAAACUCCCUCACUCAUGUGUGAAUCAGCCCAGUUCUCUAUCUUCGUGUUCAUUCUCGUCACAUUCAUGUUUUUGCCCAUCUUUAACCACUGCUUCUUCUAUUUCUACAUCUACUGUGACCAUGGCAUCAGUAAUGCCAAAAUCAAAUAGCUCGUGUCAUAGUUCUUCGUGUUCUCGGCUGACUCCUGCUGCUGAUACCUCAUGCAGCAAGUGGGAAAGGAGUCAGCACUGCCGAAAAUCUAACACAGUCAACAAACCAGUGCCAGUUCAGAAUCAUCAGCCACAACAACCUGUAGGAGCACAGCAUCUAGCAGAUGGAAUGCAGGGCCCGUCUUUAUCCACUCUACCAGACGUUCUAAAGAACUUCAACUUCACUCCAAAACACAUGAACCAGUCAGCUCAUCCUCCCUUAGCCAGGCCCACAGGACUCCCUGCUAACACAGUUCACUGUGCUUCCAGCACUGCUGCAUCUGGACCCACCACAGGGGCUUCCAGUGACUCAGUCUCCUGCAGUAACAGCCUGUCUGCCAUGGUCGCCAAUAUAGAUGUAGGUACAUCCACACCUUGUACUGACCCCGAGUGUGAGGCCCACUAUGAAGACAACUGUGACAGCAUUGAUGAUAGCUGCUCAGAGAGAAGUUCUGGGACUUCCACUUCCAACCAGAAGGAGGGAAAAUACUGUGACUGCUGCUAUUGUGAAUUUUUUGGCCAUAAUAAUGGUCAGGUCCCAAAAGUAAGCACAAAUUACAUAGAAAUGAAAGACCGUCUAAGGAAGAAGUUAAAAAAACGGCAAUCAGAGAUCAAACACAAACAAGAGGUGCCAAAUGAUGGGUUCAUUCAGGAGGACAGUAAAGAGGAGCUGGAUCCGCUGGAGAAGAAAGGUCUGGACGGCCUGUUGAGUUUCAUCAACGGGACUGACAGAGAGGGCACAGAGAAGGUCACAGAUAAAGAGAUAACUGCUAAAGCUGCAAAGCGGGCUCGGCAGAAACAGAAAAAGCUGGAAGCCAAAGCAACUCAGGUGAAAAGUUUAUUUCCAGUUGGUACAUGCCAGCAUCCAGAAUCUCAGAAAUCGUCAGGGCAGCAGCCAUUGAAUCACAGCUUAAACACCGAGUCCCACCUGGACCCCAAACUGGACACCGCCAAAUCUAAAUAUAAAAAAGCAUCAUCUGAAAUAAACAUGGCAAAAAAUACUUUAAAUGAUCCGCCCACCACAAAAGCUAGUUCCCCGCUCUCCAAACAAGAAAUUAAUAGAUCUUCUUUAGUCAUUCAAUCGACUCGCUCCACCUUCUCAUUAUCUCAGAAAAAUGUACACAAGAAUGUGGGCUGUCAGCAGCAUUUAUCUGACAGCAGCAUAGAAUCGCCGGAGCAAAUGAUCCAGUUCUUAAACGCCUUGCAGCACUGUCAUCAUAAGGAGAACAAAAAUGAACCAAGUCCAGGUUCAGAUCAUAUUCACACUGACCAAGCUACAAGUUGCCAGACAGACAGCACAUCAACAGAAGUCACCUCUAGCAAGAGUGCUGGUAAAAUCAGUGAUGUGACCAAACAGAAUAUUCGCUGUGACCAACCACAACAGUUGUCUAAUCAACAACAAAAACAGGAGCCAGCUAAAUCACAGAAUGGGACUGUAACUGUGUCAUCUCAGCUUUUAAAAAUACGUAACCAGUUUAUGACUAAUAAUAACACUUUGGACUCACAUUCUGAGGCUCAGUCUGAUGGUCAUUUGAAUGGGAAGCCAGUACAGAGCAAUGCAGUAACAACAAAACUAGUCAUGGCGGUAACAGCAGCAGAAGUAAACUCAGGGAUAUCCCAGAGUUCUUUAAUGGUCAGUCCUGGCGCAGAAAGUUGUAGCAAAACAUCACAGUCAGCGAGUAGUGGAACAAAGGCAGUUGAUCAGGGCAAAAUCAAUGGUAAAGCAAAGAAAAUCAAGAAAAAGAACCGAAAUGGAUAUGUUAGUGGACUUGAUGAGGUUUUCAUGCCCAAGUCUGAAUCAGAGUUGGAUGGAGACGUUGAUGACUUUGAGCGAGAACUGGAGGAGUUCAAGAGAUUUUGUUUUGAGCCUGCAGAACCAAAGGAAAGAAGGAAAAUUGCAGUAAAUGUAAAUUUGAAGGAUAUUUUCAAGAAGAAAGCUGCUGUUGUCUGA